AUGGGCAAACUUUUGAUCUACGGCCUGGAGGCAAGUCCGCCGACACGAGCCUGUUUGCUGACGCUGAAGGCGCUGGAGCUGCCGUACGAUCUGGUGCCCGUUAAUAUACCAGCCGGUGAGCAUUUGUUGCCCGAGUUCCGGCAGAAGAAUCCGCAGCAUACGGUGCCAUUGCUGGAGGAUGAGGCUGCAUAUAUCUGGGACUCGCACGCCAUUAUGGCCUACCUGGUGGGCAAAUAUGCGGCAAAUGAUGCACUGUAUCCGACGGACUGUCGCCAACGUGCGAUUGUCGAUCAGCGGCUGCACUUCGAUUCGGGUCUGAUGUUCACGGGCGCACUGCGUCCCAUAACGAGAAGUGUGCUCUUUCUGGGCGAAACGGCCAUUGAACAGUCCCGCAUCGAUGCGGUGGCCGAGAUCUAUGACCUGGUCGAGCUAUUUCUGGGCGAUAACGAUUUCGUGGCCGGCAACGAGCUGACCAUAGCCGACUUUAGCUUCGUGUCGUCGAUAAGCUGCCUGGCUGUCUACUUGGAGCUGGAUCCGGUCAAGUAUCCCAAGAUCUUGGCCUGGCUGGAGCGGCUCAAGGAGCUGCCCUACUACGAGGAGGCCAAUGGCGUGGGCGCUGCACAGCUGGAGGCUAUGCUUAAGUCGAAAAACUUUACAAUUGUUACUUAGUUUGGGUUUGGCUCUCAGUAAAAUGCCCAUUUUAUG